UCUUAUACUACCUUUUUUUAAUUCCCAGAAUCGGGCCAUGAGAAGUGACAUUGAGUGUGCGUGGGUCUUUGCCCUCGCCUCCAAAUGGAGAGUUUUUUCUGAAGAAAGCUUUGCAUGCUCAGUUCUGAUCAUCCUUCUUGCCUGGCUUGUUAUGACCCUUGUUUACUGGGCUCACCCCGGUGGUCCAGCUUGGGGCAAGUUCAGGUUCUUUAACCGCUCUAACAAGCCAAUUCCGGGGCCUAGAGGGUCGCUUCUGAUUGGCAGCAUGAACCUCAUGGCCACCUCCUUGGCUCACCACCGUAUUGCGGCCGCUGCUGAAGCCUGCAGAGCCAAGAGGCUAAUGGCCUUCAGCCUCGGUGACACUCGUGUUAUAGUCACGUGUAAUCCUGAUGUAGCCAAAGAGAUUCUUAACAGCUCUGUAUUUGCUGAUCGGCCGGUUAAAGAGUCGGCUUAUAUCUUGAUGUUCAACAGAGCUAUCGGCUUCGCUCCUUACGGUGUUUACUGGCGAACCCUGAGGAGAAUCGCGGCCACGCAUCUUUUCUGUCCAAAGCAAAUAAAAGGCGCCGAGGAUCAGAGACGCGAGAUUGCCUCCGAAAUGGUCACCUUAUUUGCUCAACAUGACCAAAAUUUUCCCGUUCGCCACGUGCUAAAACGAGCUUCUUUGAACAACAUGAUGACUUCGGUAUUCGGACGAAAAUACAAGUUAAAUUCAACCGAUAACGAAGUUGAACAACUUCAAGGUCUGAUUGAUGAAGGGUACGAUUUACUUGGCACAUUAAACUGGUCCGACCAUCUUCCUUGGCUAGCAGAUUUCGACCCUCAAAAAAUCAGAGUUCGAUGCUCAAAACUUGUACCUAAAGUUAACCGUUUUGUGUCCCAAAUUAUAUCCCAACACACAGCUAAAACAAACGGCGAAACACGAGAUUUUGUUGAUGUUUUACUCUCUCUCCAAGGUGCCGAUAAAUUAUCAGACUCCGACAUGAUCGCCGUCCUGUGGGAAAUGAUAUUCAGAGGAACUGACACCGUGGCGGUCUUGAUCGAGUGGAUUCUAGCUAGGAUUGUGCUUCAUCCCGAUGUUCAACAAAGGGUCCACGAUGAGCUUGACAGAGUUGUUGGCAGAUCAAGGGCCGUUGAUGAGUCUGAUGUUACGAAAUUGAUUUAUCUUACGGCAGUGAUCAAGGAGGUUCUAAGGCUUCAUCCGCCAGGCCCACUUCUCUCUUGGGCCCGCCUAGCUAUCACCGAUGCAACUAUCGAUGGGUAUGAUGUGCCGAAAGGGACAAUGGCAAUGGUUAACAUGUGGGCCAUCGCGAGGGAUCCCCAAGAGUGGGAGGACCCACUGGAAUUUAUGCCCCAUAGAUUUGUUACUAAAGAGGGUGAGGUGGAGUUUUCGGUGCUUGGUUCGGAUCUUAGGUUGGCUCCAUUCGGGUCGGGCAGGCGGACAUGCCCGGGAAAGAACUUGGGUUUGACCACCGUCAGCUUCUGGGUUGCCACCCUUGUGCGUGAGUUGCAAUGGCUACCGUCGGAUCAAAACACCCCCGACUUAUCCGAGGUUCUUAUGCUAUCAUGUGAAAUGGCUAAUCCUUUGAGGGUUAAAGUUCGCCCCAGGCGCCCAUCUCUCCACAUGGAAAAUAAAGAUUAAAAAUGGAAGUUAAGGUAAUUACUAGUAAUAGUUGUAUGAAAAUCCUAAACCCUAGAUAAAGUUGUCGUCG